GCGUUUAGUUGUUUCUAUCUUUCUCUCUCCUCUUCGCCAAACAAAAACAACAACGAAGAAGAAGAAGGAAAUUUGAAAACCCUAGUUUUCCCAAAAUUCAUACUACUGAUAAAUCCCUCUUUCUCACCAUUGGUACAACAAGUCUCAUUCUCAUUUGCUUGAUCAUUUUCAUUUCUCCUGGUAAGUUUCACUCUCUUCGAAUUCAUUAUUUUUCUACAAUUCUUUUGAUCAGAGGAAAUCGAAGCUGUAUUCAACUUUGAACUAGGGUUUCUGGUUCUAAUUUAGCGUUAAUUAGCCAAGAUCAUAUCGAAAUUUUGAGUUUCAUUUCAUUUCUCUACCCGAUCAGAUUAAAUUUUGCUGCUGCUGGUGGUGGUGCUACUGGUAUUCAGUUUGGAAGAUUUUUUUUACUGGAUUUGGUCUAUUAACUGGGGAUUGAUUAGAUUUUAGGAGUAGGAUUACUUUUUCUUGGAUUUGAUAUUUUGCAAAUUAGGUUUUAGAGAUUAAGGCAGCAUAUGAUGGUAGAUUGAUAAUGGUGAGACUAUUAGGGUUAAAUCGUGGGAACUCUGAGAAUAAUUCACCACGUGAGAUUGUUCGUCCUAAUCUUCUUAGUGAGAGUGGAGAGAGUGGUUGGUUGAUUCGUUUUUUUGAUUCUGCGUUUUUCUGUGAGUGGAUCGCAGUUAGUUAUUUAUACAAACAUGAACACCCAGGUGUGCGAGACUAUCUAUGUAAUAGAAUGUAUACGUUGCCACUCUCGGGGAUUGAGAGUUAUUUGUUUCAAGUAUGUUACAUGUUGGUACACAAGCCGAGUCCGUCGUUGGAUAAAUUUGUGAUUGAUAUCUGUUCAAAGUCGUUGAAGAUUGCGUUGAAGGUGCAAUGGUUUUUGAUGGCGGAACUUGAGGAUUCGGAUGAUAAUGAGGGGAUUAGUAGGAUACAGGAGAAGUGUCAGAUAGCUGCAACUUUGAUGGGAGAGUGGCCGCCUCUUGUUCGGCCAAAUGCACCAUCUAGUCCUAUUAGUAAAAACCAAGUCCUGAAUAAGCUACUGUCGACGCCACGUUUUUUGUCACUGUCACCGCCAACGCAAAGGUCAUUAUCCUUUUCGCCAUCUUCAGAGAGUAAUUCUUUGCAGGAAGAAGGUAGUAAAUCUCCUGAAGAUAACAAGAUUUUCAAGAAGUUUAUUCCUGGGGCAAAAGUCAGAGACGCAUUGCUUUUCCGCAAAUCGGUGGAGAAGGACGACGAUGACACAGAGAAGGAUGGUUUCUUCAAGAGGCUUCUUAGAGAUAGUAAGGAUGUAGAUGAAUCGGAGAAGGAUGGCUUCUUUAAGAGGCUUUUGAGAGACAGUAAGGAUGUAGAUGAAUCUGAGAAGGAUGGGUUCUUUAAGAGACUUCUCAGAGACAGUAAAGAAGAGGAUGAGGAGCUUAUGUCGAGCUCAGAAGGGUUUUUUAAGCGGUUGUUCCGUGAUAACAAGAAUGAAUCUGAAGACAAAGUAGUUGGUCCUAAGUCGGGCGAAGAAGAGGAAAAGGAUGAGGAGCUUAUAUCUAGCUCUGAAGGGUUUUUUAAACGGAUAUUCCGCGACAGCAAAAAUGAUUCCGAAGACAAAGUAGGACCAAAGUCAUCAGAAGAUGAUGAAAAAGAUGGGUUCUUCCGUAAAUUUUUUAAGGAGAAAUUUGAUGACAAGAAGGACGGUAAGGAUAAAGGCCACGAUGAAGAUAGAAGAAGCUCAAAUGUUGAAGAGGAAGAGCCUUCAGACUUUCCGUUAUUUCGCAAAUUGUUUCGUGUGCAUCCUGAAGAUGCCAAAUCUGCUGUUCCGAGUGAAAAUGGUAAUUCUGAUGCUCCAAUUGAAAGCAGUCCUGGUACCGAGAACUUCUUCAAAAAACUGUUCAGAGAUCGAGAUCGCUCUGUUGAAGAUUCGGAGUUGUUUGGUUCAAAGAAGAAUAAAGAGAAGCGUCCAGGGUCACCAAAGCAAAAGAAUGACAAUAUACAUGCAAAACCUCCCUUGCCGAUUACGUCUCAGAUACGCAAAGGAGCUUAUCACGAUUCAUUGGAAUUUGUUCAAGCACUGUGUGAUACAUCUUAUGGCCUGGUGGAUAUAUUUCCAGUAGAAGAUCGCAAAAGUGCUCUACACGAGUCACUCGUGGACAUCAAUGCUCAAGUAGCCACUGCCCAGAACAAUGGAGGGGUGUGCUUUCCAAUGGGAAAGGGGAUGUAUAGGGUGGUUCAUAUACCUGAGGAUGAAGCUGUUCUUUUGAAUUCUAGGGAAAAGGCACCUUACUUGAUAUGUGUUGAAGUUCUAAAAAGUGAUACAACAAGCACUACUAAAGAUACAUCCAAUGCUCAAAAACUAUCGCGUGGAGGGAUUCCUUUGGCCAACGGAGAUGCACAGCUGCCGAAGCCUCCUCCAUGGGCAUAUCCUUUGUGGAGUCCACAGGAUGUAAACAGCAAUGGUACAGAUGGAAUGUUGAGAUCUGCUUCUCAAGCCAUUGAUCAUGCAAUGGCUCAUUUAUGGGAGACCAAAGUGAAAUUUGUUAAUGUAAGUCUCACUGUAGAAAAGCCAUUGGUUAGCCUGUCAAAAGACAGUGCAUUAGCUGAGACAGAAUGCAGAAUCAACGGCAGUAUGCAUCCGUCGGUUUCCACCGGAGCCGCAGUUGAUAAAUGUGAAUGUGCAAAGGAUUCCAGUUCGAUGUUAAGAAUACAAGAUAAUCAUGAUUUGGAAUGGGUAAGAGUUGUGUUGACAGCUGAUCCUGGAGUCAACAUGGAGGAUAUCGAGGUUCAACAGCCACCCCGCCGCAAGGAGCACCGCCGUGUUCCUAGCACAAUUGCUAUAGAGGAAGUAAAGGCUGCUGCAGCUAAGGGAGAGGCACCUCUUGGACUGCCGCUAAAAGGGGCUGGUCAAGGUUCAUCUGAGGCGCGAUCUAAGGAUUCAAAUGGUGGUGUUCCUAAGGCAAGUGAUGCCUUAUCUGGUGAACUUUGGGAAGCUAAGAAAGAACGAAUUCGGAAAGCUUCAGUCUUUGGAAAAAUACCUGGUUGGGAAUUGCGUUCUGUCAUUGUGAAGAGCGGGGAUGACUGUAGGCAAGAGCAUCUUGCUGUGCAACUCGUGUCUCACUUCUAUGAUAUAUUUCAAGAAGCUGGUCUUCCAUUGUGGCUUCGCCCAUAUGAAGUCCUAGUUACUUCUUCUUAUACAGCUCUCAUUGAGACAAUUCCAGAUACGGCCUCAAUACACUCUAUAAAAAGUAGGUUUCCCAGCAUCACAAGCUUGCGUGAGUUUUUCAUUGCUAAAUAUGAAGAAAAUUCUCCAUCUUUUAAGCUUGCCCAGAGGAAUUUUGUCGAGAGCAUGGCUGGGUAUUCAAUAAUGUGUUACCUUCUACAGGUCAAAGAUAGACACAAUGGAAACCUCCUGAUGGAUGAAGAAGGACAUAUCAUACAUAUUGAUUUUGGAUUUAUGCUAUCAAAUUCACCGGGGGGAGUAAAUUUCGAGAGCGCACCUUUUAAACUAACUCGUGAACUCCUAGAGGUCAUGGAUUCUGAUGCUGAAGGAAUACCGAGCGAGUUCUUCGACUAUUUUAAAGUUUUGUGCAUACAAGGUUUUUUGACAUGCCGUAAGCAUGCAGAAAGGAUCAUACUUCUGGUUGAAAUGAUGCAGGAUUCUGGUUACCCAUGCUUUAAGGGUGGUCCGCGGACAAUACAAAAUCUACGGAAGCGCUUCCAUCUAAGUUUGACGGAAGAGCAAUGUGUCUCGUUGGUUCUGUCUCUGAUUAGUAGCAGCUUAGACGCAUGGCGGACGAGACAGUAUGAUUAUUACCAGCGGGUUUUAAAUGGGAUAUUAUGAAGUUAGUAAAUUUAUGACUUCCCGCAUGAUCCCUAUCUAAAGAUCUUUGCAAGUUCAGUGAGGAGAUCUCUCCAGCUACUGGGUCGGUUUCUGUUACCAAAAAGCCGAGCUUCCAUGAGAACUCCGAUCGGAGGUGAGGUAGAGUUGGAUUACCAUACUACUGGUAUGUUUUGGCUGAGUGUGAGAAAUGUUUGUUGUAUCGGCAGAUUAUCGUUAGAAGCUUAGGGUUCGAAAGUAUUGUAAAUGGGUUUGUUAUUCCUUCUUUUUUUCACCUCAUAGAGAAGGGAUUGGUUGAUAGUUAGGGCCCAAAUUACAGGGAUACCACUUUACUGCCCAUCUGAAUUUCGCAUCCUAGUGUACAGAAGUUGGAUUCUUAAUUCUGAUGGAGAUGAUUAUACACAAGAAAAAGACUAUAUAAUGGAGUGGAACAAUCAUCUCAGUGUCGAAGGUAGAGAUUCUAGGGACCCCUAGAGUCUCAAAUUGUUGGUCGAAAUAUUAAUUUUCUGAAAUGUAUCCCAACUGAUGUUUUAUAUAGUAUAUACAUGUCAAGAUUGAUACAACUGAAAUCUAGAUGUAAGAAGUAAGGACUGAUUUUGAGGUUUAGAUUUCGGGCUCUCUUUUAUCUCAUUGUACUCGCAAGACGAGUAUGAGUUCCGAUACGGUCUAGUCUCUUUUAUCAAUCCAAUUGUGAUUUUUUUUG